AUGACGAUCAUACCAUCUUCAGACGGCUACGACGAUGACGAUGGCGGUAAUUGUUCUCGCUGCUCCUAUUGCCGCGGCUUCAAGGACGCGAUAACCCCGGAAAAAAAGUACAGAACCUCGUUCGGGAUAAGAUCCGGCACGGCGGUGCGUGGAUGGCCAAGCCACGGUGGGAUUUUCUUCCUAGACGACUGCGUUGGCGUAGACCUCGAAUUCCUUCAGCUCGACCGUUUCGAACCCACAUUAAGAUCAGAAGACCAGGAGGAGGAAGAUGCGCACUGUUUGAGGAUGCGCAUGCUCGGUGCGGUGUGGUUUGAUAGCGAAUACCCCCGCGAACUAGAAGAUUAUUCCAAACUUGGCGACUACCCAAUAACGUCUCGACGAAGCGAUCAUGUCAUUGCCGGGUACCCAUCCACGGGCGGCGCUUGGGUUCUCCGGGUCUUUGAGGAAGACAGUCGCAGCAUGGGAGUUGGUCGGAUAAAGAACGCGAGAAAUAUGGAAGAGCGGUGCAGGGUCAUUCAGAAGCUUGGUGGAGUGUUUUACGAAGACCCUUUUGAAUCACCCGAAUUGGAUCUUCGACAUGAAUUUCCAGACCCGAGGAGGAAUGGAACUGUGGUAUACCACAUGAUACGGCACAUGGUUCCGGAGAAGUUGACAUUGGAGAUACGCCAAAAGUCACAAGAAGUCGAAGUUAGAAUUUCCGAUGCAGCUCCCAAAGCUUCCAGCGAAAGUCUUCGAAACCCAGCAAGGCGCAAUGCCCUGAGUCUGGAGAUACUAGAAGAUCUCCGCAAGCAGCUACUCGCGCACCUCACGUCACCAUCAUCCGGCAGAGUUUUGACGCUCCCUCCCUUUAGACCCCCAAUCUUGCGAGAGCUCGAGAAGGCAGGCUCAUCGUCUGACUCGGGCGACAGGAGCUCGUCAGGAUACAGCUGGCUCGUCGAUGCCGCAGAAUGGAACCGAGAGCGAGCCGGGCUCCCGAACGUCCUCGUCCUCCGAAGCAGUCCGGGGCCAGUCUUUUCGUCGGGUCGUGACCUCAAACAACUGGCCUCGCUCUCGCGUGUGGAGGUGAAGCGCACGUUUGCUCUCUGCGCCGAAGUCAUGUCUCUCAUUCGUCAGAGCCCGGCACCCGUCAUCUGUCCCAUCCAUGGCCUCGCGACGGCUGCCGGACUCCAGCUCGCGUUGUCGACCGAUUACCCAAUCGCCCUGUCUACCACCAAGUUCCAGCUGCCCGGCGCGAGCAUAGGAUUACCGUGCACGAGCCCCGUGACGGCCGUAUCCCGGCGCCUACCACCAGGCCAAGCUUACCGACUUCUUCUCACAGCCGAAGCGGUCGCCGCUGACGACAUGCGAGGUGCUGUCGAUGUGGUGCCGACGCCCGAGCAUGCAGAGUCCACGGACACGGCGGCUGCCGCCUUCGAAGGGCGCGUUGCGGAGGUGGUGGAGAGACUUGCGGGGUCAGCGGGUCAGCCGAUGGCCCUCGGUAAAUGGGCCUUUUGGACACAGCUCGGCAUCAAAGGUGACGAUGUUGACGGAAGAGGAGGUGAUGGUUAUGAGGAUGCGGCGAGUUGGGCCGGACGAGUCAUGGCGCUUCAUGCGGGGAGUGCUGAUGCCCAAGAGGGAAUCGCAUCCUUUAUUGAGAAACGCAAGCCGCAAUGGCAGACUUGA